AUGGACCCGGGGACCUUAGCCAACCACCUUGCAAUCGGGAGAGCUACUGCCAACACCAUUCGAGCGGGACUUGGGCUUCCGCCUGUGGGCACUCCAGCAGUGGCAACUCCAGCUGCACCGGGCACGGUGCCGCCAGCAGCUCCUGCGGCUCCACCUGGGCUUCUGGGUGGAGGAGCAAGGGCGCCUCCGGCAAUGGCCGCAGGGGCAGGGGUAGGAGAAGUGUGGGUGGCAAUCGAGGAGGCUGGGGGCAGGAAGAAAGGAGAUGUGAUUUGUGAGGACCCUCAUCCACUUCCAGCCGGUCACAUUGUUUUGGGGGACAGAGCGAUUGUGCCUGGGGUUGCGGGGGAGUCAGGUUGCUUUGUGAAAAAGGUGCCCCGAGCAGAGCUAGGUAGGUACGCGCUUGAUGACUUGCGCAUCCUGCCCGUGGUUUUCGAUGCUCAGGGAACCAGGAGGCGAGACUUCAAUGAUGCAGUCUCAGCCAUGAAGGAUGGCAUACCUCAGGGCGGAGGACUUCAGCUUGAUGGACCGACCUCGUCACUCAACCUGCUGAAGAGCAUGCGAGAUCAGAACCUCACCCCCACCACAUACCAUGAGUACUGGCUCAGAUCUGCGGAGAUUCCUAAGGGAGAUAGAAGCACCUAUGAGCACGAGUGUUUGAGCCGCAUCCUCGAAUCGAUGAUCACAGUGGAUCAACUCAAUAUUUGCGCGCUUCAGGGUGCGGAACUGAUUUGUCGAAGGCUUCAAGUCAUACGAGAGGCUCACAGAAUCAGUCCAAGUUCUCCGGACUACUCCUCUGCAGAUCACUUCAUGGGCUGGAGGUGGCGCCGAACAGCUCAAGGAAUUGACAUGCAGUUGGCGUCGCAUGUAGCUCAGGCUCUCAAGGAUGAGGCGGCAAUCGCCAAGGAGGCCCGCAAGGCCAGAGAGGAACAAUCUAUGCGCCGCAAGCGCCCUGGUAAAGGCUCGCAGGAAACUAUGAAUACGGUCCGACCCUAUGACAGAGACCUUGCGUCCCUUCCUGGUUGUGGAGAUGAACCAAUACCUCUGACUCAGGUCAUGGAUGAACAUGGUCGAGAACUCGUCAAGGAUCCCCUAGCUUUCAUGAUGCGCAGCAGUGAAGAGUGGGGGGAAAUGGUUGAGCGGGGUGAAACCUUUCAGCCUUACAUGGACGUCCGUUUGCAGGCCAAUCCUGAACUCUACGCUGGGUUCGUAAAGGACCUGGUGGACAAGAAGAUGCUGGAUUUCACACUGAAGCCGGGCGACCUGGUGACUCCUUUUUUCGUCAACAAGAAGAACAAAAAACUGAGGUUUAUUUUGGAUUGCCGCGGCACAAACCGGCGAUUCAGAGAUCCACCUCCGCUUGCCCUGGCUGCAGGUUCAACCUGGGCUCAGUUGGAGGUGGACCACAGCCAGAAGCUGUUCGUGGCUCAGUCUGACAUCCGGGACUAUUUUUUCUCAUUGGAGCUUCCCCCUGACCUUAAACAUCUUUUCUGUUUACCUCCUAUUCCGCUGCAAUAUUUAGCAGAAUGGGGUAUUCAGGCUCCGUGUGAUGGUGCGGAAGAUACUAGAGGCUGGGUUUGGCCAAGAUGCAGAGUGGUCCCAAUGGGUUGGUCUUGGGCAAUGUACAUAGCACAAAGAGUUCAUCAGCACAUAUGCCUGGAGGCCUCAGGGCUGGGGACUUCAAGGCUUCUGGUGGAGGGGCGGCCUGCGCCUUCCUUGGAAACAGGCGAGGUAGUGCUGAUUCCCUACGCAGAUAACCUCAAUGUUGCUGGAACAUGUCAAGCUGCAGUGCAAAGGACUAAAGAUUGCAUUGUGCACAGGCUUCGACAGCAUGGCUUCAGAGUUCAUGAGGAGACAGAGGCAUCCACCCUGGCACAAUCACUAGGUUUUUUAGUUGACGGAGAGAGACAUUGCAUCACACCAAUCCCAGAAAGAUGGGAGAAAGUCUUGCAGGCCUUUGGAUGGCUUGCGCGACGACCAAGGGUCAGUGGUAAGGCAGUUGAACGCCUUCUGGGACAUGCGGUGCAUUUUGCAAUGUUGAGACGAGAGCUUUUGUCAAUUUUUAGGUCUCUCUAUGAUUUUGUGGCUAGGUCCUACAAUAGAAGGCAACGACUGUGGGCAUCGGCCGCGAAGGAGGCCAAAUGGGCACAGCAUCUCUUUAAACUCUGCAGUGUGAAUAUGAAGCGUUCAUGGAGUGCAAGUGUUACAGCCUCAGAUGCAUCUUUGUCAGGUGUGGCUGUCUGCUCACGAGAGCUUCCCCUGAGAGACGUGGUCCGGCAUGGCCGCAUUCGAGAGACCUGGAGAUACGUUAGUGGAAGACCUGUCAAGCCCCGUGAAGUGGUUGUUGAUUUGGGUGACCCCUUUGAAGAUCCAGGCACGGUCAAGCCAGUGCAAGCGGAGCGAAGUGACCCAUAUGAGCUGAACUUUGAUUUUCCUGACAUAGAGGCCGAGGUCAUGCAAAAGGAUUGCUGGACACAAUGUUUUGCUAUUCACAUGCAGUAUCCCGAACAUAUCACACUUUUGGAAGGUAGAGGAGUUAUUGCUGCCAUGAGACACAAAUUUCGCUCGUCGCAACAGUUUGGACGGAAGCGUCUUCACUUCACGGAUAACAUGGGUGUGGUGCUUCUUUGCUCUAAGGGUAGGUCGAAUACUUUUGGCAUGCUUCGGGUGUGUCGGCGGCUAACGUGUUUGCUCUUGGCCACUGACAGUUUCCUUCAAGUGCGAUGGGUGCCGAGUGAAAGGAAUGUGGCUGAUCAGGCUUCCCGACAGUGGGAGCAUUUGAGAAAGCAUGCUUUUAGCCCAGGAGGCGCGGGGACAGAAAAGGAAGACGCCCCCUACACCUCAACCUGGAAUCCUCCUUCCCGAGACAAAGUCCAACCAGACACAGAAAAGCCAAAGGCAGUCACCUCAAAGACGGCUGAUCAAGACCCGGGACGAUCGGAAGCAGAACCGCUCGCAGGCGAAACAAGAGAAUCAGACCCCGCAGAGGUUCUACAAGCUACGCCCGCUAAGCGAGGUGAAGCAGAGAGGGCGUUGGCAAGCAGACAGCUCAGUGCGGAGAUACGAGGCGCAUGCGCGCCUGAACCAGGAGUUCAACGACCUCCCGGCAGCCGUGCAGAGAAAGUCGCAGCUGGCAGAGCAGAUGCUUCCAAAGGAGGCCCCAAGAUUUUUCGGCCUUCACAACAGCUUGGGGUUCAGAAAUUUGUGCUAGAAAUUUUCAGUGGUUGCGCGCGUUUGUCACAAGCUUGUUCAGCCGUGGGUUUCAUCUCCAUAGCCUAUGAUAUUGCCUACGGCACAGCUUGCGACGUUUUACAACCAGCUGUUUUACACCGAAUCCUUCGUUUCUUGCACAAACAUCAGGGCUCUAUAGCUAUGGUAUGGUUGGGAACCCCUUGCACAACCUGGAGCAGAGCUAGAAAGCAUGAUGGGGGUCCCCCCCCUCUGAGAGAUGAUGAGCAGAAUUUAUUUGGCUUUGAUGACUUGAGUUUUUCAGACAAACGCAAAAUACAAGAUGGCAACAGCCUUCUCAGUGUGUCUGAACAAAUCAUCUCCACAUGCAUUGCUUUGAACUUGUGUUGGGCGAUUGAGAACCCCUGGUCUAGCCGAAUCUGGCUAACACCAUACCUGAAACAACUUGCCGAUCGAUUCACUCUCAUGCGAAUUGACUUUUGUGCUUAUCACAUGCCCUGGCGCAAAGCAACUGGAAUCCUCUUUGGGGGACCCUUCUCUCUCCUUCACUUAGCGCGCGAGUGUGUGCCACAGCAUGGACGUUGUUCAUUUUCAAAUCGCAAACACAUUGUUUUGGUAGGCAAGGACAGUGCAGGACAGUGGUUGACACGCAGAGCGCAACCCUAUCCCUUUCAUCUGUGCCAUGCAAUUGCGAAUACUCUGACAGAGCACAGGUGA